AUUGGGUGGUCCAUUAUUGUUACAAAGGGCACACUUAUACAAGUACUAAUCAGUGGGAAUAGGGGGCAGGUGUGCAUAAUGAAAGUUCCGGAGGGAUCUGUGACAACCGCUGCCAGCCCAUCUUUGCAGAUCCCACUAUAACAAGUAAUUGGGUUUGUUGGAGAGCCCUGGACAGGGAGGCAUUGAUCUGCUGCACUACCGCCUUUACAAUGGCUCUAGCUUGCCUGUCAGAGACACUCUGGAAUAGCUGUUGCUCUAGCUGGUUAGCCGCCAAGUAGAUGUCCUGCAGCACUUCAAUCACUCUAUCCUGGACAUCUGUGUAUAUAUCACAUCCUGAGUGAUACCAAAAAGCUCCUCCGUCCAAACAGUUGCCCACAGCAGUGGGAGGAGAGGUGUGUCACCCACACCAGGGCGCCAUGACUACACCAGGCUGCUGCCACCUGCCUGGAUCCCUGUGUGACUACUCAGGCAGCGCUGCCGACCUGCCCAAGGAGGUAGAGGAGCCAGAUGCCAGCCAGGCCCAGUACGUCGCUAAGGUUACGGCCAAAGAUGGCCGCCCACUCUCCACUGUUGUCAAGGCUAUGGGCUCACAGAGUAAUGAAGGCAUGUGUCGGAUCUGUCACGAGGGGGCCGGUGGUGAGAUGCUGCUCUCCCCUUGCAGUUGCACAGGGACCCUGGGUAAGGUGCACAAGAGCUGCCUGGAGAAGUGGCUGUCCUCCUCCAACACCAGCUACUGUGAGCUCUGCCACACCGAGUUCACCGUCGAACGGCGACCCCAGCCCCUCACACAGUGGUUGCGGGACCCAGGCCCGCGCAGUGAGAAGCGCACGCUUCUGUGCGACAUGGCCUGCUUCAUGCUCAUCACGCCACUAGCGGCCAUAUCUGGCUGGCUGUGUCUGAGGGGAGCCCAGGACCACCUGUUCCUCAACAGCCGGCUGGAGGCUGUGGGCCUCAUCGCCCUCACCAUUGCUCUCUUUACCAUCUACGUCCUCUGGACACUGGUAUCGUUCCGCUAUCACUGUCAGUUAUACUCGGAGUGGAGGAGGACCAAUCAGAAAGUGCGCCUGCUCAUGCCUGAAAUUAAAGGAGCGCACUCUACUCAACAUUCCGUCCCGACCAAGUCGACCAAGAAAAUAACUGACGAGACCAUCGUAUGAGCGCUGUGGUCUCACUUAAAAAAGUGUAAUAUAUCUUGAACUUCUGCACUUGUGGACCAUUCUGGGGAUUAUUUCUCCAUAAUCUCUAUUAUUUGAAACACUUGAGCCCAGAUAUUAACUAUAACCAGUGGUUUUGGGACGUGUUGGACUCGUGGAAUGAAGUGUCACUGAUGUCAUCGCUGGAUUAUGAACACUGGCCUAGAAAAUCAGGACACAAAUGGAAGGACACAGUUAAUGUAGCAGGAUGUAACUGAUGCAGCAUGUUAAUACAGUAUAUCUGAAACAUACUACCCCCCUUCACAAUGUAUUUAGCUGUUUUUGGAAAACUGGCAUCCAAUAGCCCUAUGAAUUUACUCUCUCAGAACAAUGACCAUGUGAACAACCAAGUCUAAAUAUGAUGUUUUCUGUUGUUAACUCUUUGCCCUUUGGAAGUUGGUAGAAGUGGGAGAGAGAAAUGUUUUGGAGUUUUGGCUUUGGAGUGUCAGUCAAUGUAUGCUAAAUCAUUUUAUGUUGCACUCCCUUGAGUAAGCUGGGUCAUUGUGCAAUAAAACAUAAGAGACUCUUGGUCUUUGCAGUCGGCACA